AAGAACCACUAGUCGCUGUUUAAAUCCCUAAAACCCCAACUCGCACAGUUUUCUAUGGCAGCUCUAUGAAACCCUCUUCCAUCCAAAACCCCAAUCUUCUCAGCAACAACUCCUCCUCCUUAAUGGCAUUUUCCUCUGCGCUCAGAACCCUCAGAUUCUCCCCCUUGGCACCCACGCGUCUCUCUUGGCUCCGCCACACCUCGGAGCUCCGAUUCUUCUCCUCCUCCGCCCGACGUGUGUCACGGCGGCCGGCGACGGCGGUCCAAGCCGCCAGACGCCGGGAUGAGCCGCUGCAAGACGGAAAUGGAAGCGUCAUGGUGGUGGACGAGAAUAACCGGAGUGAUGGAAGGGUUCUGAUGACGGAGCUUCACAAAGAGGCAACUGAAGCUUACAUGGCGUAUGCUAUGUCCGUGCUACUCGGUCGCGCUUUGCCCGAUGUUCGUGACGGGUUGAAGCCCGUGCAUAGAAGGAUUCUAUUUGCAAUGCAUGAGCUCAGCCUCUCAUCAAAAAAACCAUUCAAGAAAUGUGCAAGAGUUGUUGGAGAGGUAUUGGGAAAAUUCCACCCUCAUGGAGACUCUGCUGUAUAUGAUUCCUUGGUGCGAAUGGCCCAGGAUUUCUCCCUACGUUGUCCUUUGAUCCAAGGUCAUGGAAAUUUUGGGUCAAUUGAUGCUGACCCUCCUGCUGCCAUGCGUUACACAGAGUGCAGACUGGAAGAACUGACUGAAGCAAUGUUGUUAGCAGAUCUAGAGCAAGAUACAGUUGAUUUUGUCCCAAAUUUUGAUAAUUCACAGAAAGAACCAUCACUUCUACCUGCUCGUCUUCCAACCUUAUUAUUGAAUGGUUCUUCUGGGAUUGCGGUUGGCAUGGCGACUAAUAUCCCUCCCCAUAAUCUAGGAGAAGUAGUAGAGGUGCUCUGUGUGUUGAUACAUAAUCCAGAAGCUACUCUGCAAGAAUUGCUUGAAUACAUGCCAGGACCUGACUUCCCAACAGGAGGGCUGAUUAUGGGAAAUCUUGGGAUCUUAGAGGCUUACCGUACUGGCCGAGGACGUGUUAUUGUCAGAGGGAAAACUGAUAUUGAAUUGCUUGAUUCUAAGACAAAACGGACUGCAAUAAUCAUUAAAGAGGUUCCUUAUCAGACGAACAAAGCAGCUUUAGUUGAGAAGAUUGCUGAACUUGUAGAAAACAAGAGUUUAGAUGGAAUAAGUGAUAUUCGGGAUGAAAGUGAUCGUUCUGGAAUGCGUGUAGUCAUUGAGCUGAAGCGGGGAUCAGACCCAAUGAUCGUUUUGAAUAAUCUUUAUCGCUUGACAUCUCUGCAGUCUACAUUUAGCUGUAACAUGGUGGGAAUUCUUAAUGGACAACCUAAACUAAUGGGGCUCAAGGAAUUGCUUCAGGCAUUCUUAGACUUCAGAUGCUCUGUUGUUGAGAGACGAGCAAGAUUUAAGCUAUUGCAAGCACAAGAGAGAAGACAUAUUGUCGAGGGUAUUCUUAUCGGGUUUGGUAAUCUGGAUGGUGUGAUUCGCAUAGUACGUGAAGCUUCUAGUAACUCGAUUGCAGCAGCUGGUUUACGUAAUGAGUUCAGUCUCUCUGAGAAACAAGCUGAAGCUCUUUUGGACAUUAGCCUACGAAGAUUGACCCUUCGUGAGAGCGGAAACUUUAUGGCUGAAAGUAAAUCUCUGAUGGAACAAAUUUCCAAGUUAGAGGAUCUGUUGUCCAGCAGGAAAAAUAUACUGGAGCUUAUAGAACAAGAAGCAAUUGAGCUGAAAAAUAAGUUUGCCAGUCCGAGGCGUUCAAUGUUGGAGGACACAGAUAAUGGUCAACUUGAAGACAUUGAUAUUAUUCCAAAUGAAGAUAUGCUAUUGGCACUUAGCGAAAAAGGUUAUGUGAAGCGGAUGAAGCCAAGCACUUUUAACCUACAAACUCGUGGAACAAUUGGCAAAUCAGUAGGAAAACUGAGAGUGAAUGAUUCAAUGUCUGAUUUUCUUGUUUGUCGUGCACACGAUCAUGUCCUUUAUUUCAGUGACAAGGGAACAGUAUACUCAGCUCGUGCCUACAAAAUUCCUGAAUGUAGCCGGACUGCUGCUGGCACUCCACUUGUUCAGAUCUUAUCUUUAUCUGAUGGUGAAAGAAUAACAUCCAUUAUUCCUGUGAGCGAGUUUGCUGAAGAUCAAUUUUUGCUGAUGCUUACAAUGCAAGGCUAUAUUAAAAAAGUAUCAUUGAAUUCAUUUUCAUCAAUCAGGUCGACUGGAAUCAUUGCAAUUCAGUUGGUUCCUGGUGAUGAGCUGAAAUGGGUCCGUUGUUGCACAAAUGAUGACUUUGUGGCCAUGGCUUCACACAAUGGAAUGGUCAUGCUGAGCCUAUGCAGUAAGAUUCGCACACUAGGAAGAAAUACAAGGGGAGCACUGGCAAUGAGACUCAGAGAAGGGGAUAGGAUGGCAAGCGUGGACAUUAUACAAGCAACCAUGUGGAACAACUUGGAGACCUCAUCAAAAUUUCCUGGGAGCAAUGCAAAGGGCCAAAAUGGCCCAUGGUUAUUGUUUGUGUCCGAGAGUGGUUUUGGAAAGCGGGUUCCUUUAAGCAGUUUCCGAAUAUCAUCUUUGAAUCGAGUUGGUCUGAUAGGAUACAAGUUUUCUGCUGAGGAUCGCUUGGCUGCCGUUUUUGUGGUAGGAUUCUCAUUAGCAGAGGAUGGUGAAAGUGAUGAACAAGUUGUCCUUGUAAGCCAAAGUGGUACAGUCAACAGAAUUAAGGUUCGGGAUAUUUCAAUACAAUCUCGAUUUGCGAGGGGGGUUAUUUUGAUGCGGCUUGAUCAUGCUGGAAAGAUUCAGUCUGCUUCCUUAAUCUCAGCAACAGAAUGCGAGCCUGAGGAAGUUCUUGCUAUCGCCCAAGGCUAAUUGUGCAUGAACCUCCCAUGUCUAGAAGAGUUUACUUGCCCUGACAAUCUGACUUGUAGUUUAGCCCUUCAUGAAAUGCUGCUGCUUGAUCCUUGAAUCUUCGAAUUGUUCUACUUUUCCUCAUACUCCAUUAUGUUUAAUGUUUUUUUAUUGGGGGUGAGGGAUUAUCUUUGGUCUGGAGAAGGGCUGUGGUUUAUUCUUAACGUCUUGUAAAUUAUGAUGUGUAAAUUAUGAUGUAUGUGACUGAAAACAGGUGAAAAACAUACACCUAAGGCGAUUA